CCACCAAACCGAACGCGUUGUUUCUUUCCUUUCGUUCUUUUCUUUCUCCACAACACGCACACACACACAUCCACACACGCGCGCGCGCGCGUGCGUGCACACAGAUACCAGGACACAACUCGCCCUCUCCCGCAUCAUGGACUACGAGAGGCAAGAGGCCAGCUGAGAAGGCAGCAUGCCACGGUGCUACCUCGUCAAGAAGGCGGCUGCCAAACACCCCGGUGGACCGGCGUCGUCGGGCCGCUGGCCUUACCGGGAGCCCCUAAGCCCGACCGAGGGCGAGACGGCGCCCAGCCCGCCACCUCCACACUCCUCAUCCACCAACGACGAGCAACCACUGCCUGUCGUCCACGAUGACCGGCCGGCCGUCAUCACCUCGGCCGUCUUCGGAAAUGCCGCUCCCACAGGCUUCAUUCAUGACUACACAUCUGGGCAUCUUGCGGUGGGUGCAGAAGCUCUCGUUGUCCAAGAUCGACCGUUCUUCAACCCUGGACUUGACCUGCACCCCCGGUUGCCGCUGCACCAUCAUCCCCUUGACGCACGCGACGAACCACCUCGUGUCAUGGACCUCAGUGGUCCAGAGUUCUACUCGAGGGCUUUCCACCGGCCCCUGGCUGACAAUCCGACAGACUUGAGACUCAGCCCGCUAUCCACGAACGCUGUCAACAUCACCGCCUCUGCACCACCCACUACAGUGCCGACGUCUUCCACUGGCAACUACAAGACUUCUGUGACGGUUAGCUACACGUACGAUGCCUUCUUCAUCAGCGACGGGCGGUCCCGCCGGCGGACCUCCGUCAGCUCGGUGUGCACUGGGAGUCCUCCAAGGCGAGCCGUGCCUGAGGAGCGCCCACGCUACACAUGCGGCGAGUGCGGCAAGCACUACGCGACAUCUUCCAACUUGUCGCGGCACAAGCAGACCCACCGGAGCCCGGACUCGCAGCUGGCCAAGAAGUGUCCGACGUGCGCCAAAGUGUACGUGUCCAUGCCGGCGCUGGCCAUGCACGUGCUAACGCACAAUCUGAGCCACAAGUGCCAGGUGUGCGGCAAGGCCUUCUCCAGGCCCUGGCUCCUGCAGGGCCAUAUGCGCUCGCACACGGGCGAAAAGCCCUUUGGUUGCGCCCACUGUGGGAAGGCCUUUGCCGACCGCUCAAACCUGCGCGCCCACAUGCAGACCCAUUCGGGACUCAAGCACUUCCGAUGCCCACGUUGCCAAAAGUCCUUUGCCCUCAAGUCCUACCUCAACAAGCAUCUUGAGUCUGCCUGCUUGAAGGAGGGGGGCGCGUCUCCGCCGUCGCCAGCCCUCUCCCUCGCUUCCUCCGAUGGCAUCACACCAAACUUGGCCACGCUUGUCCUGAACAACCACUCGCCGGCGUAGGGAGAGGCAGCGCCCCGCUCCUUGGCUCACGGGUUCGGUUCCCAUCUCUUCUUGCGUGCCUGAACCACACUCGCCGUGUAUGGGAGCGCGACACACCCCGCGAGAUCCGUUCACGAGAUGUGUUGCAUCGCGAAGAAGGCGUCGCCUGCUGUGCCGUCAGCAUGUGAAGCAAAGAGUUAGCAUAUUUUCGGAUGGAGUUUUGAUAUCAACUGGCAUAUUUUGUGAUAGACCUUCCCACUUCCUAUUCCCUUUAGAAGACGAUACGUCGGCCCUUAGUUUAGUGUCAGAGGCAUUCGUUUGAAAGUGAUGUAGGUGGGCUGCAACCUCCUAAAUUUUCUAAUUCAUUCUAGUUAACUCUACGAACGAACACGCUAUCAGCCUUGCAGCUGCAUAAACAACGACGUUAAGCUUCUCGGUAACGUCAGAUAUAUUCUGACUAUUCACUCACUUUUGCUCCUAUGCAAACGUGUAUACCAAUUGAUCCCUCUUUCAGAAUAUUUCUUCAGAGCGUACACAAGCUUAAGGAGAUAGAACCAUGGUAGAGAGCUUCCCUUCGUAAUUUCGUCAUUCAUAGCGUCGUACAGACUACACAACUAAUGGAUAUGCCAACAAUGCCGUUGCGCUAUACAUUAAGUAUCCAUUUAGAGUAGACACUACACAUCGGAACCAAACGCACGUACCGCGUAGGAGAACACGGCACCCAAUUCUUCCUUUAUUUGUUUAUUUUCGUAAAAAGGGGGAAAACGUAACGUGCGCGUCCGUUGCAAGCCCUAACACUGUCCUUGCUUGAGAAAUUAUCUGGUGUAAACUGAGAUAUUUUUCGGCCGGCUUUCGUUGGGGCUUGGUAGACCUAAGUAAUGUGCAAGUCUAUUGUGGCUAUAUCCUGAUUUUUUUUCCCUACUGUUCUCCCAAUGCCAGAAAAAGAAUGCCACAAAUUCCGAUCCUCUCGGGCAGCAUAUCCUUCUGGAGUGACAAUCGACGAAUACGCGACACAACUCUUGGCGCACAAUAUCCGUCCGACUGCCUGUCUUGUGCGAGAAUGCCGACACACUUGUUGCGUUGUUUGAGUUCGUUAGAUGUCGUGUCUCCUCACACUACUCAUACUACAGCCGCAAUGUAGAUUAGCAAUCAAAAUGCUUGCAGGACAAAUCUUAGGAGCGAUACUCAUUCCAUCUUUUUACCAGUUCUUUCCUACUAGCGUAGAUUCUAUUUUUAUCCUUCCAACCAUUCUUCCGCUCUAAAUACACGAAAACUCUCCGUAUUCACGUUAAUAAUAUCAGGGAGGGUGUAGUGGCCCAGACAAAUACCUUUUUCAACCGCUUUAUAUUCGUGUAUUUCUUACACGCGAUCUGCUCGCUCUCAUUCAUCAUGUAAGAUAAGCAAUCUCCAUCGCAACAUAUAUUUUAAUACAUACGUGGAAGACAGGCAAGGCUUAUAUCACUUCUUCCGCUGUUUAUACGCAGUCGAUGAAAGCAUCUCCAGAGUCUGCAAUGAUUUUGUAAAUACGAAUACACUCGUUCCACGAAAGUCAGCGGUCGUGUUAUGUCCGCAUUUUCAUUAUUUGUUCGUUUUAGGACGAAUAAACAACAGUUCGUUGGAAACAUUGGUUCGAGAAAAAAAUCAUGAUUGCAAAAAUAGGAGAGGUACUUAAAAACGAAUCUUUAACUCAGAUGGAAAGAUUAAUGAAAUUAUAAAGGCAAGAACUGACGUAUGGUCCGUUCCAAUUGUAUUCCCUUUAACAUAGCGGUAUGAGGCUCCACAUGGAGACAUUUAAUUUGAGCUGUGCUUAAAUGGCUCAUUCUUGGACCGGGACAUAAAACGAAAAUGCGAGCUAAUAACCGAUAUAAACAAAGCGUUCACCACUGUUCGAACGAGAGGAUGCUAGUUAUAAUGCGUGAAUGAAAUCCCAUAGCCAACUAGAGAGUAGCAUAAACGGUGAGAUCUAUCAUGAGUAACAUUCAAACUUAGAAACUGAGGGUGAGGAGAUUAACCUGUCCGAAGGGGGCAUUUAUUGCAUGGGAUGAAAUGUAGCUAAGAACGCAAUGAUGAUGCAGCGCAUAUAUCGAUGUGUCUCGUUCGCGUUCUUAACCAUGUCAUAUUCAUACUUGGUGCUUCUGUUUGCUAUCGUGUCGCUGCCGCUCGCAAAUCCCGAACGCACUAGGCUUCUCACUCAUCUGGCUGAGACUUACAGAAUAAAACGUUUCAAACCCCAGCUUCACGUGACAAAAAGAUACGCGAGGAACACCAACGGAGGAACUAAAUACAGCAAAGAGCAGUGAUCGAGACAAAAACGAAGAAAAUUAAGCAUUUAACACAAAUAGUUGAACAACAAACUUUCGUGCAGAAUGUGCACUUGUAUCUCCUGGUGAAAUACGGACUCCACACGACAUUUUUUUAUAUGGUCUAUUCCUUUUGUGUUCAUCAAAAGAAGACAUAGGUCUAGCGACCUCAUGUACUAACUUAGCAGAGAGGCAACGAUCCCUUAUAUAGGAGGACAAAAAGAGGGAUAUCUAAGGAAUACACGCGUAUACACACACAAAAAAAAAGUACAGACACGCGUUUCCUCGAUACUAUGUUCACAGUGCUCACUGUAUUAUGUGUAGGCUGAGUUUUCGAGGUCCACAACAAAUACGCACAAAUGCUACGUAGUUUGUGCUCGUGGACUACUAUCGACUUCCAGUUGCAAAGCAAUCAGGAUGUAUUUGUCUAGCAAUAAAUAAUGCGCAUAAAUGUUGGCUGAAACUAACGUUAUCAUCGGAGCAAUAAGCAAUCACCUAUGCAAAAGCUCAUUUCCAAGCAGGCAAUCUCGCCCUUUUGGGUGUUACUUGUGCUACAUCUUACGGUAGCAUAAUCCUGUUAGUGUCAUGUCGUGGUUUUGCUUUGAAGGUGUGAAGCAAUAGUAAGAUAAAGAAUAAUGCUUCCAUCCCACAAAACCACGGACGUGCUGGAGUUCCCCAAAAGAGUCGCAUUGCCGCAAAGCACUCGACAUAUUCGACAAGCAAUAAUACAAUGUACAGAAUUGAUUUUGUAUCUCGUUCACAUAUUUCAGCAAUAUACACUGCUUGCGCCAUCUGUAUAGAUACACACCGACUUUUGUAGAAAGCUUGUAGAUACUUGUGUGUGUUUAAAUCAGAAACGUACCGAACAUGAUGAGUGGUCUUGGUACAUCAAAGUAGAGACAAUCUUCCUCCGUUGUUACUUAUUGUGUUGAAUCCAUGUAAUAUUUGCGAAUCAUGUCUGUGGUGAUUGUGGCGUGUGUUCUGCUACGUCCUUGAAGAUUUGCUACGUAGGUUUUGUCAGCUGGUAUUUAUGAGUAUUGUACAUGGUGCAUGCUGUUCAUUGAAGAGGUUAGCUACGAAUCUGUUCUGUUGCUACUACAAGUUUUGAUAGACUUUGUGUGAUGAUAGGUUCUAACGCAAAUGAAGUGCGAUGUGUUAUUUCUAGGAGCGCCUGUGAACAACAUGCUAUACUUGGUGUAUUCUUGAUUAGCUUUCAUUAGAAUAGCAACCAAGUACCGGUACGUUUCCAAUUCACGUUGGAUCAGCGUCAUAGGCAGAGGGGUUUAAUGACAUUGAAUUUUGUACGGCAGGAAUAGUGGAGACAACAUGCUCUCGCGUUAAUCAUGAUGUGUGCAUUUAGUUCAUCAACUUCCGUCGGAGCGUUGGAGCACUUCCGGCAGGAAACAAAACUCAGGGCAUGAAGCCAUUCCAUUUCUGAAUACCGGUACGGAUGCCAUAUGGAGCAUUUGGAGACGCCUGAUGCUCAAAGUGAAAUUUACAGAAAUUCACGGGUAAAAUUGAAGAUCACAAAUACUGUUACUCCUUCCUAGCUGUAUGGUCGGGCCUCUACUAAAGCAUUACGGAGCAAAUUAUGGUAAAAAAGCACUUAUCAAUCAUCCUUCACACUGUAUUUUGAUAUCACAAUGAUCGCCUCGUUGCUUACAUUAGCCAUCAACGAAAUAAUAAUUAAUUACUUAUGCUUUCUUCACCUGUAAUAAGAUCUCAUGACUAUCGUGCGCAAUAGAUAUACAUGUGUCCGAAAUUUGACGCAAAACAUGACUACCGAACAUCGCGAUGGCGAUGUGAAAGGCUUCAGCAAAUAAUGGUAUGCGGUGUGCGGCAGCGCAUCCCGCGAUGGUUCACCAUUUACAACCUUAUGGUCAUUCACAGUGUACAUGUCUUUCAUGUGAUCAGCUUGAACUUUCCCAGUUUCUUUUGUUAUGCAAUACAGCACUGUGUGGGCGUGCCCUCUAAUGCCGUCCCGUGCAUAACAUGAUUCUAAACAUAGUCCUAAAUACAAAUGAGUUCAAGUGCAGUGAAAGAAGUGCAUAGAAAUGAUUACGUAUAGCAGUAACACAUGGUUGUUUUGUGGUUUUUGUGUACGAUCUGUUCGCAUACUUCGGGAUCUUCCUAUCUGUGAUUAGACGCGCGUAUUAUGUGUGAUAAUCAUUCCAUUUUAUACGGACUCAUUUUGCAGCCCACUCAAAUACUUUAUCGUAGCAAUAAUGCACCUUGUACCGAUCUACAGCUGAAAGCAAUACAUAUACAGCGAAGAAUUUACACAGCUUGAGGCCACACUGACAUUGUAAUGGCGCCUAAUACAGAUCAGCAAUAAUUAUACCCGUGUUGAAGUUGCAAUAAUAUAUAUUCUGGUUGCAAGCUAACACUGUAUACAGCGUUUGUAAAACGAAUGCAACCAAGCUAUGCAAAGUCUUUGCGAAGAUUCUCAAAACAACGCUCCUUAUCGCAAUUUACGUAAAUACGUUUGUUAUGUUGGUGAUUUUUUCAAAGGGUUUUACAAUGUAUAAAUAGUAGUAUGACUCUGUGUAAAAAGCUAACUUGGUAUCAGAUGUUUAAAGCUCAGGUAUGUGAGCUAAUUUAUGAUGUUGGCAUUGUUACUGCCAACAUGUUACAGGUUUUGCAUCAACGAAGCAGAUAUCGACGAAUAAGUAACAUCCUAGUCAACUGCUAGUCAUAUAUUUUUGCGACAGGGCGGACUCUCGCUCUGCGUAUUUGUUUCGUAAAGCAACGCUGCUACAUACGCUGUAACACAUGCACAUUCGUGUGUAAAAUAGAAAUCACGCCUUCCACAAGUAGUUUUGUUUUCUUAAUUCUUAAAUGGCGUACUUCUACAGUAAAUGGUUUCUGAACUGUCACAGCCUACACAAUUUAGGACAAUGAUCCAUAUACGUUCGAAAUGACCAAUCCAACAAACUAAAUUUGCUUCACAACAUGUCGAGCGUAGACCAGAUAGAAAUACGUAUUUCACGCAGUCAGCAUUGAAAAUUUUGAUCACUUCGGCUAUUUAAACAUGCAAACUAAAACGCCCUAUUUUUAUGCCAUCCACAUUGCUCCAUUAUGUCAAGUUAGACAUCAUUCUGAAAGGUGCUGUGUAGUCGCAGUGUUUCAUUUCGAAACGUCAGGGCAUUUCUGGUAUAAAAGGAAGCGUUUGUAGAGUUUAACAACAGCCCACUUGAUUCAAUUUUCAAACUUUCCAUGUCCGGAUUUUCUCGAUUGAAACAUCUUUUUGUCUGUCUAUGCAUCAAAUUCAUUCAAUCUCGGCUGUAGUCUCGGAUUGCAAAAAUAAACUCUGUUUGAUUGAUA